AUGCUGAGUACAUGUCCUCGUUCCAGCGAGAGACCGCAAUCGUGCCUCGGGUCCACACUGGAAACCGCGUCGGUGCGAGAAGGGAAAGAGAAGCGGCAGACCCCGCGGACGCGGUCACAGGGCGAGGGGAGCCGCUUUCUGUUAAAUACCAUCACAGGCGGCCGGGCGCACCGCUUAGGGCCAAACGGCAUUGACUGCCCUUCACUGACAGGGAUUUUGCAGGCACGCGAGAGAGAAGAAAAAGGGAUGAGCCGAGGCUCCAGGCUGGGGAGAGGCAGGCGGCGCGCUGCCGCUCCCCGCGAGCUCGGGCUCCCGGGAGACGGACGAGGUUGGGCCGGCCCGCCACACUCCGGUGGCCGAGGGCGGCGAGGUCAGCCCUGGAAGAGCCGUCCACCCCCGGAGUCCCCAUCGGAAGGGAGCGAGCCCGCGCGGCGGGCCGGGGUGCAGACGCCCGUUCAGCCCCGAGCCCGUCCCACGGCCUCCCGGCGCCGGGGACUCCAACUUCGCCCCAUUUAUCGGUCGCCGUGGGGCGGUGCCUCGUCUUUUUUCGAGCGGAGCAUACCGGGAGGAGUAGUUCCGAGGUCGGUUGCUAUGGCGUUCUCCACAGCCUCCAGGAGGCCGACCCCGCCGCACGGACUGACGAGCGGCCUGACCAAUGGGGGCAGCGCCUGGGCUGAGGGGGCGGGUUCUCUGCGGAAGGACUCGAAGGUGGCGGUGGCGAAGGCUCAAGCCGUGGGGGCAGCUCAGAGGCAGGAAAAUCUUCCCGUUGCUGAGGAUAACUUCGUGAAACUUCAAGUUAAAGCUUGUGCUCUGAGCCAGAUAAAUAUGAAGCUUCUGGCAGAAAUGAAGAUGAAGAAGGAUUUCUUUCCUGUUGGGAGAGAAAUUGCUGGAAUUGUGUUAGAGGGUAAGUUGAUAGAUGUAAAUAUCUAUAUUUAUUUUCUUUUUGUUCCCUAUAUUUAUUUUCUAAGUUUAGGAAUUUUACCUCUAGAUUCUGAAGACCCUGGACUUUGUGAAGUUGUUAGAGUACAUGAGCACUACUUGGUUCAUAAACCAGAAAAGGUUACCUGGACAGAAGCAGCUGGAACUAUUCGGGAUGGAGUACGAGCCUAUACAGCUCUGCAUUAUCUUUCUCAUCUCUCUCCUGGAAAAUCAGUGCUGAUCAUGGAUGGAGCAAGUGCAUUUGGUACAAUAGCUAUUCAGUUAGCACAUCAUAGGGGAGCCAAAGUGAUUUCAACAGCAAGCAGCCUUGAAGACAAGCAGUUCCUUGAAAGACUUAGGCCUUCUAUAGCCCGAGUGAUUGAUGUAUCUAAUGGGAAAGUCCAUGUUGCUGAAAGCUGUUUGGAAGAAACAGGUGGCCUGGGAGUAGAUAUUGUCCUAGAUGCUGGAGUGAGAUUGUAUAGUAAAAAUGAUGAACCAGCUAUAAAAUUACAACUACUGCCACAUAAACAUGAUAUCAUCACACUUCUUGGUGUUGGAGGCCAUUGGGUAACAACAGAAGAAAACCUUCAGUUGGAUCCUCCAGACAGCCAUUGCCUUUUCCUCAAGGGAGCAACGGUAGCUUUCCUUAAUGAUGAAGUUUGGAAUUUAUCAAAUGUACAACAGGGAAAAUAUCUUUGUAUCUUAAAAGAUGUGAUGGAGAAGUUAUCAACCGGUGUUUUUAGACCUCAGUUGGAUGAACCCAUUCCACUAUAUGAGGCGAAAGUUUCCAUGGAAGUUGUUCAGAAAAAUCAAGGAAGAAAAAAGCAAGUCGUUCAAUUUUAA